AGUCAGUUGUACAACUGAAUGCCUUCAACUGAAAUGUGUCUUCCGCAUUUAACCCAACCCCUCUGACUCAGAGGAUGCGUGAGGGACUUGGUAUAGAGAAGCAUUGGGGGGGAACGCUCUCCCAAAGGAAGUUGGUAGUGUAGCGACCUUAAACCAACACUAUUAUCGACCUUAUCAAGAGGUUAAGAUAUCUUGGCUUAAUGGUUUGACAGUGACUGGGCCUGGGUUUGAUUCCAGUCGGAGCUGCCCUUGGAUUUCGCUACAAUACUAUCCCAAGGAAUAGUCCGUGUGGACAUUUUUACAGUUGGGUUGAUGUUUCAAAGGUUAUUCAUUGCCAUAAAUAUAAACAACAAUUGUACACCCAGAACAUUCGCUGGCUGACUUUAUGUAUUGCUGGUGGUGUUAUGGUAUCCAAAGUUCAGCUGGCUGCCCAACCCAGAACGUGAAAGAGCGAUAUGCUAUCUCAGAGGUGCACAAACACAUUUUCUCAAGCAGUCUUCAAGAACAGACCAUGAAAAUGUUUCAGGGAUUUGAUGUCCUGAUGCUCGAGUUGUGAUUCUAGCCAUAACAGGGUUCAAUGAGUCUCUCUGAGGAGGGAGAGCAGUGGGCCACUGCCUCUAAGAUAAGUCUCUCUGGAGAACAUGACUCCAACUCAAAAGCUGAAAGCCCAAUCCAGCAGAAGAGACCAGUCUCACCUGUAACUAGCAGUGUGUCCAUGAAGAGUGACCAAUCUAUGGGACAUCCAGUGCUUUUCAGGAAGAGAGAUGGUUCUACUAAACAAAGACACCAACAGAACAGACCAAAGUCAGAGAUUCCUAGUGGUCAGUCUGCCCAGAGUCAUCAACAAGACCUGUCCGCUAUACUAAAAUCACUUGAAGAAAAUGUCAUCACAUUUGUGAAGAAUGAGUUGAAGAACAUCAACAGGAUUCUAUGUUCUGAGAGUUCAGAUCACCCAGUAUUCUUCGGGAGUCAGACAGAGGAUAAAGAAGUGGAUAAACCGGAGAGGAUUGCCCGAGAGGGUGCUCUGGACAUCUCACUGUACAUCCUGAGGAACAUUAACCAGAUGGAGCUCGCUGACAAACUGGAGAAAAAUACACCUGCCAUGAAGAGCCAACGUAAGCUAAAAUCUCAUCUGAAAAAUAAGUUUGAAUGUGUAUUGGAGGGAAUAGCGAAACAAGGAAACUCCAGACUUCUCAGUAAGAUCUAUACAGAGCUCUAUAUCACAGAGGGUAGAAGUGGAGGAGUCAAUCAUGAAAAUGAGAUGACACAGAUUGAGGCAGCAUCCAGGAGACCAGCAACACAUGAGACACCAAUAAAAUGUAAUGACAUCUUUCAGCCCUUACCUGGACAAGAUAAAUCUAUCAGAACUGUGCUGACGACGGGAGUCGCUGGCAUUGGAAAAACAGUCUCUGUGCAGAAGUUCAUUCUGGACUGGGCUGAAGGGAAAGCAAACCAGGAGCUUCAAUUCAUAUUUCCACUUUCGUUUCGGGAGAUGAAUUUGAUGAAGGAGAGAAACCACAGCAUGACGGAACUUCUUCAUCGCUUUGUCAUGGAAACCAAAGAAUCAGGAAUAUCUAACUAUGACAAGUACAACGUUCUGUUUGUCCUUGAUGGUCUGGAUGAGUGUCGACUUCCUCUAGACUUCAAGAACAACAAGAUCUGUUUUGAUGUCACAGAGUCUACCUCAGUGGACGUGCUGCUGACAAAUCUCAUCAAGGGGAAUCUGUUUCCCUCCGCUUUCCUCUGGAUAACCUCCCGACCUACAGCAGCCAAUCAGAUCCCUCUGGGGUGUGUUGACCAGGUGACAGAGGUACGAGGGUUCAAUGAUCCACAGAAGGAGGAGUACUUCAGGAAGAGAAUCAGUGAUGAGAAUUUCGUCAGCAGAAUCAUCUCACAUAUCAAGAUAUCAAGGAGCAUCCACAUUAUGUGCCACAUACCUGUCUUCUGUUGGAUUUCUGCUACAGUUUUUGAGAACAUAAUGAAGACAGAAAAAAGAGUGAUGCCCAAGACUCUGACUGAGAUGUACAUGUAUUUCCUCAUAUUUCAGUCCAAACAGACACUGGUGAAGUUUGAAGGGAAAGAGCAGAUCGAUCAACACUGGGAUAAAGAGACCAUUAUGUCACUGGGGAAACUGGCUUUCCAACAGUUGGAGAUAGGUAAUCUGAUUUUCUAUGAGGAAGACCUGAAAAAAUGUGGUAUUGAUGUCAGAGAGGCAUCAGUGUAUUCAGGACUGUGCACACAGAUCUUCAGAGAGGAGAAUGGGCUGUACCAGGAGAAGGUAUACUGCUUUGUUCAUCUGAGCAUCCAGGAGUUCAUGGCUGCUGUGUAUGUGUUCCUCUCAGUCGUCAACAACAACGUGAAUCUAAUGGCCAAUCCGCAAUCAACCUCUGCCAAGCUGCGGACCCUGUCUAUUGACAACCGUCUAAUCGACCUGGCAAGGAGUGCAGUGGACAAGGCUUUAGAGAGUGAGAGUGGACACCUGGACCUGUUCCUCCGCUUCCUUCUGGGCCUCUCAUUGAAGUCCAAUCAGACUCUCCUACGAGGCCUACUGACACAGACAAGUAGCAGCUCACAGACCAAUGAAAUGAUUGUCAAGUACAUCAAGGCAAAGAUCAGGGACAAGCCCACCUCAGAGAGAUGCAUCAAUCUGUUCCACUGUCUGAAUGAGUUGAAUGACCAUUCUUUAGUGGAGGAGAUCCAAAGCUACCUGAGAUCAGGAAGUCUCUCAGAAGCCAGCCUCUCAUCUGCUCAUUGGUCAGCUCUGGUCUUUGUGUUGCUGACUUCAGAAGAGAAGCUGGAAGUGUUUGACCUAAAGAAAUACUCCAGAUCAGAGGAAGGUCUUGUUAGGCUGCUGCCAGUGGUCAAAGCCUCCAGAUCAGAGGAAGGUCUUGUUAGGCUGCUGCCAGUGGUCAAAGCCUCCAGAUCAGAGGAAGGUCUUGUUAGGCUGCUGCCAGUGGUCAAAGCCUCCAGAUCAGAGGAAGGUCUUGUUAGGCUGCUGCCAGUGGUCAAAGCCUCCAGAUCAGAGGAAGGUCUUGUUAGGCUGAAUGGAUGUAACCUCACAGACAGCUGCUGUGCUUCUUUGGCCUCGACUCUCAGCUCAAACUCCUCCCAACUGAGGGUGCUGGACCUGAGUAACAAUGACUUGCAGGAUUCAGGAGUGAAGCUGCUCUCUGCUGGGCUGGAGAGUCCACACUGUCAACUGGAGACACUGAGGCUGUCAGGCUGCCUGGUCACAGAGGAAGGCUGUGCUUCUCUGGCCUCAGCUCUGAAGUCAAACCCCUCACAUCUAAGAGAGCUGGACCUGAGCUACAAUCACCCAGAAGACUCAGCACUGAAGCUGUUCUCUGCAGGACUGGAGAAACUCAAUUUGGACAAUGGUGGAGAGCGCCGGUUACAACCAGGGCUUAAAAAAUAUGCCUGUGAACUCACACUGGAUCCAAACACAGCAGGCAGACAGCUGAUUCUGUCUGAGGACAACAGAAAAGUGACAUCGAUGGAGAGUUUUAAGGACCGGCCACAGGUGCUGUGUAGAGAGGGUCUGACUGGGCGUUGCUACUGGGAGGUAGAGUGGAGUGGGGAAAAAACUCGUUUGGCAGUGACCUAUAAAAGAAAAAGUAGUUUUGACUCCAAUCUACUUGGAAGCAAUGACAUAUCUUGGGGUCUGGGAUGCUACAGUGAUGGUUACACUGCCUGGCACAAUGGUAAUCACACGACCAUACUGGCACCUUACUCCAGUAGAGUUGGAGUGUAUCUGGACUGGCAGGCUGGUUCUCUUACCUUCUAUAGCAUCUCCUCUGACACACUGACCCACCUGCACACAUUCCACACCUCGUUCAAUGAGCCCCUCUAUGCAGGGUUUUUGGUUGAGGAGACGGUGUCCCUGUGCAGGGUGAUUUUUAGCUCGAGCUGCUAGACCUGUUAGACCUGCUAGACCUUAUUGUUUCUUAGCAACUGGACCUUCCAGGUAAAUGUGGCUAUUCAAAUCCAUCUUUCUUCUUCUUCUUUGGUACAAAAUACAGUUUCCCCACCAAUAGAAGAAAAUGUUACGUAGCAUAUUAUGUAUUCAAGUAGACCUACAGAUAUUAUACAAUUAAAAAUAAUUCAACAUGAAGAAGGAAGUUAAGCGAUGUUGCCAUAGACCUGAUAUAUUGACCUUUACACGGAACCCAAACCGGCUGCGCGCGUGCGCCAUCGUGCAUAAAUGGAUUUUGCCCCCCCCCUCACACCAAAUGCGAUCACGACACGCAGGUUAAAAUAUCAAAACAAACUCUGAACCAAUGACAUUAAUUUGGGGACAGGUCGAAAAGCAUUAAACAUGUAUGGCAAUUUAGCUAGUUAGCUUGCACUUGCUAGCUAACGUUAAUUUGUCCUAUUUAGCUAGCUUGCACUUGCUAGCUAACGUUAAUUUGUUCUAUUUAGCUAGCGUGCUGUUGCUAGCUAAUUUGUCCUGGGAUAUAAACAUUGAGUUGUUAUUUUACCUGAAAUGCACAAGGACCUCUAAUCCGACAAUUAAUCCACACAUAAAACGGACAAUCGAAUCGUUUCUAGUCAUCUCUCCUCCUUCCAGGCUUUUUCAUCUUUGAACUUAUAUGGUGAUCGCAUCUAAACUUUCAUUGUAUUACCACGACAACCGGCAACAAAGUUCGCCUUUCAAUCACCCACGUGGGUAUAACCAAUGAGGAGAUGGGACAAGGGUACCUGCUUCUAUAAACCAAUGAGGAGAUGGGAGAGGCAGGACUUUCCGGGCGAUCUGCGUCAGAAAUAGUAAUGACUUCUAUUUUAGCCCUUGGUAUCGCAGACGUCAUUGGCGCGCGCGAGCAGUGUGGUUGCAAUAGUUGAAUAACAUGGAUUUCUACAUUUAUUUUGCUACGUGUCCGGUCUGGUCAGCAUGCAAGGUUAGAUAAUAGUAGCCUAUGGACCUAAUAGAUAGGCCUAAUAAUAUUGAAACAGCUCAGACAAGAGUCUAAUGGCUUAAUACUAGGUAGGUCUAUCGAUUGAACAUACAUGAAAGUGAUGUCAAUAUAUAUCCUAAUAAUCUAGCUAUUAUAUAAUUCAGUUAUUUUUGCUUCGCUUUUUUUUAACAUUGCAAACUUUUUAAGCUAUUUAUAUUCAACUAUGAAGUUUUUGGUGGUCACAGAGAAACAGAUAAACAUCUUCAUAAACGGUGAUUUAACGAUGAAUUUAGCUGUUCUACGAGUUGUCUGAGGCAGGCGUUAGAUUACGAGCAAUUUCAAGUGCAAUGUUAAUAAAGACGGUUUUGUGAAACGUUCGGUAAUGUAAAUAUGGUUUUACGAACGUUCUAACGAUGAAUUUAGCCUUAAGAUGUAUUUGGGAAACCGGGCCCUAAUCGAAAAAACCAUGUAUGUUUCUACGGUAUAUUACUAUACACUUUAUGUUCCUAGUCAGUUUGAAUGCCUAUCCCUAAACCCAAUUUACGGGUGUAGGGGUAUACCGCCACCCUCUGCUCACUCCAGGGAAUUUCAGGGUAUUGGUAAAUUACCUGGGCCUCGUUUCCCACUUGCGAUGUAGCCUAACUUAAAACAAUACGAUGAUCGUACGCUACCAGCUUUCACUAAGUGUAUCGUUAGACAACCUGGUCUCAGAGCUUUUCGUAUUAUUCUGUAGAUCAAUUCAAUACACUACACUUAGUAUGAUUUUUUAUUUAACCUUUAUUUAACUAGGCAAGUCAGUUAAGAGCAAAUUCUUACUUAAAAUGAUAGCCUACCCCAGCCAAACCCUAUAACCUGGAUGACGCUGGGCCCUAUGGGACUCCCAAUCACAGCCUGUUGUGAUACAGCCUAGAAUCAAACCAGGGUCUGUAGUGACACCUCUAGCACUGAGAUGCAGUACCUUAGACUGCUGCGCCUCGGGAGCCCAAAAUGAUGUGUUUUGUAUGGUAUGUAUUAGUCCUAAUUUGUCGAUUUCCAUCACCCAUGUUGUAUGAUAUGUGAUGAAUUUGUAAAACGUAUGAUAUGUUACGAAUUUGUAAAAUGUAUGAUAUGUUACACAUUUAAAAAAUUAUGAUAUGUUGUAAAUUUGAAAAACGUUUUAUUUAUUUUUUAAAUAUUUUUUUUUACAUUUCCUGUGUUACGUCUAGUCUAUGAGACCAGGCUGCGUUAGACUGUAGAUAUUGAUAGGAUCGAAAGAAAAUCAGCGCUGCUCAAAAAUCUGCUUUCUCCAUUAAAAUCUUACCUUUAACAUUACAAUUAUACAACAAUAUUGACGACAGAUAAGUUCCUAGUGAGAUAUUACCUAUGGCUGCAAAUAUUGAAGGUGCUUGUUAUGCUUAGCCAAUAAUAGAGCUAAUACAUCACAGAUUGGGCACAUGUUGUCACACAUCAUGAAACAUAUUGAGGCAAAAAUUACAGACAGUAAGUAGCCUAGUGGAAAAAUAUAACUCGAUAUGAUUUCAAGGCUCAAUUAUCCUAUUUAUCUUUUAAUGAGGUCAUCUCGGUUUUCAUUUGAAGCAUUGUGUCUUUCACUUGUUUUCAGUGGCAACCCGUCAUUCACCUGUUUAGCUUAAAAAAUAAAAACGUUUUGUUGUUGUUGCCUGUUUUGCAUGUUAUUUUGCCAUUAAUACGUGUCACAUAUCAGUUUGCAAACAAUGUAAAAUAAAUAAAUAAUUGAGUUAAUGAA